AUGAUUAGAGCAGAACUCAACGAAAAUGAGCUGGAAGCCCUCAGAAGACUGGGCGGCGACCCAAUCAUUCAGUCCUCAGAUUUCCAGUCCUCAGAUUUCCAGUCCUCCUCCUCCUCACGUGUUAAUUCAUCAGUCAUUGAUGAAGCCAUUUCCUCUAUGCCCAUACCCGAUACGCCGCAGUCUGGACUAACAGUCAAGGUUUGCUAUGUUGGUGCAUGUUUUAAUGAAAACCAAGUCAAACGCAAGCUGAAACCUAAAUUUCCUGGCACCGAAGUGGCAGGAAUCAUUCAUGAAGUUGGAAACAAUAUUCCCAACUCAAACUACAUGCCAGGUGACAGAGUUAUCAUCGUUCCCGAUGAGGCUAUUAUCAGUUCUGGUUACAAAGAGUACAUUCCAAUUGAAGAUCCAUCAAACGUCAUUCAGGUUCCACAAAAUGUACCACUUGAGGUUGCAGCCAUGUUGCCAGGAGGGGCACUGACAGCCUUUGCUGCAGCAAGCUGUGCCAGGAACCAUGUAGAAAGACUUCAGAAAGUUAAAUCAUGUGUCAAUGUGUUGAUUGUCGGAGCUGGUGGGCUGGGACUAUGGACCAUCAGGUUGGCCAAGUACCUCUUGGGGGACGACUGCAGCAGUGUCCGCAUUUUUGUUGCCGACAACAGUAUUGAUAAGCUGUUACUGGCACAGGAGCACGGCUGCUACGACAUAAUUCACUGGAAUGAAGAGGAUCAUGAGCAGUACAUCCAUGAAAGGACGCUUGAUGCCUGCAGGGGCGGAGUUGAUGUCAUCAUUGACUACGUUGGCUCCCACAGAAGCAUGCAGAGAUCACUGACAGUUCUUAACAGAGAAGGAGUAAUUAUAGUGGGCGGUAACUCCACAGCAGAUACCAAUAUCUCACUGAACGCACUUGCAGCAAAACAACAGAGCAUCGUCGGCAUUCCUAAGGGGAACGUUAAUCAAUUGAUAGAGCUACUUAAUGCUGUUGCAGAUAAAAAAUUGGAAGUUCCACAGUACAAAGUUGUCCCUGUGGAAGAUGCAAACCAAGUGUUUGAGGAUCUGGCAGAAAGCAGAAUCACUGGCAGAGUGGUGUUCAAAUUUGGGUCACAGUCCAGUGAGCACAUAGUGGACAAUCAUUGA